UUUUUCAAUAACUGCAAUAUACGGGUCAAGCACAAAUAUUUUCCUUCUUCUCAGUGAACAUCAAAUUAGGGUUUCGAGAUAUCGGAAAUUCCCAAAUCAACCUCCGCAAUCUGCCAAUUUUACUGAUUUCUCAGCUUAUCGCCGCCGUAUAUUUCUCCGAUUAUGGUUUGGAUACAUUCGCUUCUUUCUUCAGUUCCUUCUCAUGUCAACUCCCAGUAAGUUAAGUGGGGACUUCAGCUAUUUAAAAGUGGCGAUCUCAUAAACUUCUAUUCCAUGGAGGAUCAAAAAAUCUUUGUCGGCCAAGAGUUUCCUGAUGUCAAGGCCUUCCGCAGUGCAAUUAAAGAGGCUGCUAUUGCACAACAUUUUGAGCUCCGCAUAGUAAAAAGUGACCUGAUUCGCUACAUUGCAAAAUGUGCCUCAGAAGGUUGUCCAUGGCGUAUUCGUGCUAUUAAGCUUCCCAAUGUUCCUACCUUUACUAUAAGAAGCCUUGAGGGGACACAUACCUGUGGGAAAAAUGCAAAUGGACAUCAUCUGGCUUCUGUUGAUUGGAUAGUGAACUUCAUAGAGGAGCGUUUGCGUGAUAACAUAAAUUACAAGCCAAAAGACAUUUUGCAUGAUAUUUAUAAGCAGUAUGGGAUAACUAUACCAUAUAAGCAAGCCUGGAGGGCCAAGGAAAGAGGGCUGCAAACUAUAUAUGGAUCUUCAGAAGAAGGGUACUGUCUGUUACCUGCAUAUUGUGAGCAAAUCAAGAAGACAAAUCCUGGAAGUCAUGCUGAGGUUUUUACAGCUGGUUCAGAUAAUCGGUUUCAGAGGUUUUUCAUCGCUUUUUAUGCUUCUCUUCAUGGGUUCCUGAAUGGUUGCUUGCCUGUUAUUUGUCUUGGCGCUAUGCAGCUUAAGAGCAAAUACUUAGGUACUUUACUAUCAGCAACUUCUUUUGAUGCUGACGGUGGAGUAUUUCCCCUUGCUUUUGGUGUUGUCAAUGAAGAAAAUGAUGAUAGCUGGAUGUGGUUCGUGUUGGAGUUGCGGAAAGCAUUCGAAAUGAGCACUGAGAAUAUACCACGAUUUACAUUUAUGUCUGAUGGACAGAAAAGUAUUGCAGAUGCUGUUAAAAGGAAUUUUUCCUCUUCUUGUCAUACAAUUUGUAUGCAGUAUCUGAGUGAAAGCAUCAGUAAAGAGUUCAAGAAUUCAAGGCUUGUACAACUCCUGUGGAAAGCCGCAUAUUCUACGACCACAACGGUGUUUAAAGAGAAAAUGGCUGAAAUUGAGGAGGUUUCUUCAGAUGCAGCGACGUGGCUUCAACAGUAUCCUCCUUCACGCUGGGCAUUAAUACAUUUUGACGGAACAAGAUAUGGUCAUUUCUCUUCAAAUAUUAAUGAGUUCAAUAGAUGGAUUCUUGAAGCACGAGAGCUUCCUAUUAUUCAGGUGAUUAAACGGAUUCACUGUAAGUUGAUGGAAGAGUUUCAGCUCCGGCGAUCAAGGAGUAGUACAUGGAGUUCUACCCUUGCUCCAUCUGCUGAGAAACGCAUUAUGGAAGCAAGAACUCAUGCGUCCACGUAUCAAGUGCUAAGGUCAGAUGAAGUUGAAUUUGAAGUUAUCUCAGCAGAGCGGUCCCACAUUGUGAAUACAGGUACUCGAUCUUGUUCCUGUCGGGAUUGGCAGUUGUAUCGGGUACCGUGUUCUCAUGCUGUUGCUGCUCUAAUAUCAUGUAAAAAGGAUGUGUAUGCCUUUACAGAGAAAUAUUUCACUGCAGCUAGUUAUCGCGAGAGUUAUAGUAAAGAGAUACACCCUAUCCCUGAUAAACUUGAAUGGUCAAGAACCCGACUAGUCCGACCACCCAAGUUUCGUCGACCGCCUGGACGACCUGAGAAGAAGCGGUUAUGCGUGGAAGAUCUUAAUCGUGAGAAGCAUACUGUCCGUUGUAGUAAGUGCAAUCAAACUGGACAUUACAAGACAACCUGCAAAGUACAGGUGGAUAAUGGGGCCGUCCCUCUAUCCUUCUCCGCAUAGAGUUAGUGCCCCUUCCCUUUUUUUUUUUUUUUUUUUUGGGAGUUCCUUGAUUUGAAUUUAGAAAAUAUUGUAGAAAGAUGUAAGAUAAGAGGUCUCAACUAGCUUUAUAUAUAUGUUCAGGAAUUUUACGCCGUUCAGAUAUUGUAAAUUACGGUUGUCUUAUUAUAUACUGAGAAACGGUAUCUCAGUGAUUGUGGGGAAAUGUGUUUUAUAAUUUGUUUGGUUUUGUUAUCAAAAGCAAAUUCUCAUAGUUCAAGAUUGGGUUUCUCUGCU